AUGGGAACGCUCAUCAGAUAUGAUAUCUACCGAGAAAGUAUAAUCUGCGCGUGCUGGGCCGCUGGUCUGGUGGUGGGUCUGCUUCCGGUGCUGGGGUGGCACCAGGGCGCCGGGCAGGACGCGCGCUGCGUCUUCGACGAGAUCAUGGACCACGGCUACCUCGUCUUCGUCUACUUCGCCACCAUCGUGGCGCCCGUAUUGCUGCUCGCCUUCUUCUACGCGCACAUCUACCAGGUCGUCCGUAAACAGGUACUGUCCCCGACAGCUGGCUCGGUGCCGCUCGUCUUCUCCAGCAUGCACUCCUUCCAGCAGCAGCGCGACGUGCGCACGGCGCAGCAGCUGGCCGUCAUCGUGGCGUUCUUCGCGCUGUGCUGGCUGCCGCUGUACACGCUCAACUGCGUGCAGGCGUUCCGGCCGUCGUGGCGGCCGCCCAGCGCCGCGCUCAACGCCUGCAUCGUGCUGUCGCACCUCAACUCGGCGGGCAACCCGCUGCUCUACGCCUACCACCUGCGCGACUUCCGCGCCGCCUUCCGGAGCCUCCUGCUGCCCGCCGCAUUUGAAAGACAAAAAGGGAAGCGUAAACGGAGAUGA